UAAAUGUUGUGAAUGCAAGUCCAGCGUUUGCAACAUCAAUCAGAUCAGAGCAUCGAAAACAAUCUUUUAUUUGUGGAACAAGGCGAUCGAGUGACUCGAUGUAGGAUCUAGGACUAGGAGUCGGACUAGCCUAGGAGUAGGAGAUCAUGAAAGUGGAGAUGGACAGGAGCGAUGCUAGGCAGGCCUACAUCAUGUAUAUUUUGUAACGUUAGCCAACCUGCAUCGUCUUCCAGCUCUCUACCUAGUACUAGUAGUAGUGUCGCUUUGCUAGAAAAGAUUAUCGCUGUCACUGGCCAGCUGGGUCGGGACGGCAGUGACGGCGGUUAGCGACGUUGGGGAGACGAGUGCAGGGAAUCACCUCCGCCACCCGCAAUACUACAUGCUCAGGCCGAUUCUGGGCCAGUCGUGCGAGUCGAGACUGAAAUGGCAGCGUGGAGCGGGCCUGGGCCGGCGGCUGCGACGUUUGCCCGCAUUGGCGAAUCUACGCAAAUGACACGGCGACGCUCACUGAUGGUCGACGACGAUAGUGCAGGUGCCUGGGUUGACGAUCUUGUGGAUGCGUUUGAGUCUCUCUGGGAAGAGGUAGAACACACAAGUGCGUUCAAGAGAAGUGUGCCGGUCAGAGUGGAGAUCCCCAUGGCAGAACGCGAUCCAUUGCACCAUCCGCUUGACCCCGUGCUGUACACAAUCAAGCUUACCCAUGGUCCGUACCAGUGGGAAGUAAGACGGCGUUACAAGCACUUCAUCAAGCUGGAUUCGGACCUUCGCUUGCUCUGGCUCCGGUCAAAGUUUUCUCGGCACAGUCGUGUUCCCCUGGCGCGUCUGCCUGUGCGAUUAGACCACCGCGAUGCAAAGAAGGAGCGGCUGCAAGAGUACCUGCAAAAAGUGCUCGAAAUUGAAGUCUUCCGCAACCACCCAGCAUCGCUCAAGUUCCUGGAGGUCAGCAAGUACUCCUUCUUUGAUGAUCUUGGCAAGGUCAAGGGGAAAGAGGAUAUAGUGCGCAAGCACGGUGGUGGCUACCGCAUUGAGCUGCAGGUGUGCGGAUGUGACAGCGCUGGAUGCUGUGGCUUCUGCUGCUGCCCGUGUGUUAGCCAGGCGUACCGCUGGACGAAAAGGUGGCUGGUGAUCAAGGACAGCUUUCUGAUGCUUGUGAAACAACAGACUGGACGUGUGAGCGGUGUGAUGCUCAUGGACAAGGAGUUCACUGCUAUGCUCCUGGCGCCGGCUGCUGGCAUACGUCACGGCAUUCAAAUACACAACCUGUCCAGAGAUCUUCUAAUUCAGAGCUGGAGUGAAAGACAGGCACGGGAGUGGUUCAUAGCAAUUGAGAAGAUGCGCCGCGGCCCCGGCGACAUCUGGACAAGGCAGCAGCGUUACGACUCGUUUGCACCCGUGCGGGAGAACAGCAAGGCACUCUGGUUUGUGGAUGCAGAGGACUACUACAGUACCGUGGCCGAUGCUAUCAACUCAGCUCGCUAUGAGAUCUUUAUUGCUGGAUGGUGGCUGAGCCCAGAGCUGUAUCUGAAGCGGCACAUCGCUCACAUGGAGAAGUGGCGCCUGGACAAUCUGCUGAAGCGCAAAGCCGAAGCCGGUGUAAAGAUUUCGAUUCUCAUCUACAAGGAGAUUCCACAAGCACUGGGAAUCCAGAGCCUGCACACGUACAACCGACUGAUGGGACUGCAUCGCAAUGUGACGGUACUGCGACAUCCCGACCAUCGCAGACAAGGCAUCUAUUACUGGGGACAUCACGAGAAGGUGGUGUCCAUUGACCAGUGCAUUUCCUUUGUUGGUGGGCUGGAUCUCUGCUAUGGUCGGUGGGACAAUCCGCAGCAUGUGCUGACCGACUUGCCACGCAGACGGGUGCGUCGAGGGAACGAUGAGAGUGAUGGCGUGGCAAUGUCCACCCUGGACGGUGUGGAGGCAGUGAUCAACGAGAGAAGUGAGGCUGCCGGUGCAGAUGGUGAUGAUGACGGCGAGGAAAUCCAUGCCGGGUUGGCGGUGGCGGCACCAGAUCAAGAGCCGGGAUCUCCGCGCAAGCGGCGUGGCCGCAUGGCCAAAGCAUGGUCCCGGGCCCGGCAGCUCGGCUGGCUGGUGCGCACCAACACGUCUCUAGACAGCGGCAACGACGUGCCAUUCAGCGCCUCCACCAAGCCAGCCGUGCAGCGCGGCAUGUCGGUGGACGAGCUAACGGAGCCCGCCGGAGAGGAGGAUGACGGUAACCCGGUGUGUGAGAUAUGCCCGCCUGGCGAGGCAUGCUGUCAUUAUCACUUGUUUCCUGGUCAGGACUACUCCAAUCCGCUGGUCAGAGAUUUUGAACAAGUACACCAACCCUUCAUUGAUCUCAUUUCUAGGAAAGAGGUACCCCGACUGCCGUGGCAUGACGUUCACAUGUGCGUACUAGGCCCGGUUGCAGCGGACCUUGCACGGCAUUUCAUCCAGCGAUGGAACUAUGCAAAGUACAACAAGAAGCUGCGCGUCCUGGAUCGCAGAAAGGUGGACUUCCUGCUGCCUCGAGAUCUUCCUCCGCCCGACACAUCCUGGAUCAACGAAGUACAGCUGCAGGACUGUGAAGUGCAGAUUGUACGCAGUGCUAGCGACUGGUCGUGUGGUGUGCCACAAGAGAGCUCCAUACUGCGUGCCUACUGUGCCAGCAUUCAGAAUGCGGAGCAGUUUAUCUACAUUGAGAACCAGUUCUUCAUCAGCUCGCAGCUGGACAGCAGCCCGCAGAUCUUCAAUCCCAUUGUGGAGACGCUAGCUGAGCGAAUUGCGCGUGCCCACGAGUCACACAGCAUGUUCCACUGUUACGUCAUUCUGCCACUGCUUCCUGGAUUCCCAGGUGAACUGGAUGCAGGCGGCGUUGCCAAGAAAGCUAUCCUUCACUAUAUCCAGUCAUCCAUCUACCGUGGACCUAGCUCAUUGUUCGGCCGCUUAAGAGCGCUUGGCAUUAUGGAACCACUGCGGUACGUCUCGUUCUGUGGACUGCGAGCGCACGGCAAGAUACAACAGAAGCUGGUCACUGAAAUGAUCUACAUCCAUAGCAAACUGAUGAUUGUGGAUGAUCGAGUUGUCAUCAUGGGAUCAGCUAACAUCAAUGAUCGAAGCAUGACUGGCGACAGAGACACAGAGCUUGCAGCAGUUGUGCGUGACACGCAUAUGAUACCAGGCUGUAUGAAUGGGAAACCGUAUGACGUCGGUCGAUUUGCUCACAGUCUCAGGAUGUCACUGUUCACGGAGCAUUUGGGAUGUGCGCACCAGGAAUGCUUUGAUCCGAACAGUGACCAUUUCUUCAAGAAUGUGUGGCUAAGUCGUGCUGCGGCCAACACUAAAAUUCUUGAUCUGGUGUUCAACUGCAUUCCGAAUGACUGCGUCCGCAGGCUGAACCAGCUCCAGCAGAACAGAGAUACACCUGGGUUGAAGGACACUGACCCACAGAAAGCUGUAGACAUGCUACGCACGAUCAGAGGCAACUUGGUGCUAUUCCCGCACCAGUUCUUGGUGGACGAGGACCUGCGGCCGCCACUCACAUCCAAAGAGAAUCUAAUCUCGCUGACUGUGUUCACUUGAGCCUCUGCCUCUGUCGGUGAGAAACUGUGUGAAAGGACCCGGCCAUGCCUGGUGUGCGGUCACGGUGCUCUUAGUCUUUCAGGCUGGAUCAGUGAUGCAGGCUGCCAUGUGUGCAUCAAUACAGCGGGCAUGUGUGCUGGAUGUGAUGCAGGCUGCCAUGUGUGCAUCAAUACAGCGGGCAUGUGUGCCGCGUGUGUACCCACACGUGGGGCAUACCGUGUGUAUUCACGAUGCAUACAAUGUGCAUUCACGACGUGUACAAUGUGUAAACUGGCCAGCCUGGAUGGUGAUGUGUGUGUGUGUACCCAUCACGUCUUCAUCUUCAUUCUUGCCAGUCUUGGUGAAACGGCAUGCGCAUGUUGGCUGCACAUGCGUGCAUAACCCAUCACGUACCAGUCUUGAUGGCAGUAGUGACGUAAUCACGUACCAGUCUUGAUGGCAGUAGUGACGUAAUCAUCCAGCACAGCACAGCACACUACAGUACUGCACUUACACAGGACCAAUGCCGAUGUGAACUUGAGCCAUGCAUGCACUAGAUAUUGAUUGGUGAAGUUGUGCACGGUUGAUACGUGCACUGCAUGCACACAUGCCGUGCUGCCUCAGUGAGCCACUACGGUAGUUGGUUGGUUGAUACGUGCACUGCAUGCACACAUGCCGUGCUGCCUCAGUGAGCCACUACGGUACUUGCCACUGUCAUGGCCACAGCUGACACUAGAAGUAACGUUAGUUGACACUAGAACUUAGAAGCUGGCACUAGCAGCUGACACUAGAAGCUGAUACAGCUGACACUCACCGUGAUGCCGUGAUGCCAAGGUUAACUUACCGCAUGUAAGUUAUUCUCAUGCAUGGUCUGAUAAAAGUAAUGGGAGUUCUUAUUCCCAGCUCAAUUGCUCUUUUUUUUAUUAAAUUAAUGCCGCUUUCAUCCCAAAAAACCAUUUAUCAUUUUAUGCUGCCGUCAUCCGCUCUCUACAAUUAGUUUACUAAUGAGUAAUGUGUGUGUGCUGCUGGAGCACAUGCUGGAGUACUACCUGCACCAUUCUCCUAUUGAUAUCCGCUAUAACAAGUUAUUACAUCCGGACUAGGAGCUGACAAAUCAAAUCAUGACUUUCCCACAAGUAGUUAGCUUAGCAAUGCCGCAGAAAUGAGAUCACCGAUAGUUGAAGUUCUAUCCUCCCCGUC